AUGACUUGGACGAGGUUUAAGGAGUUGUUCUUUGAUAAAUAUUUUCCUACGUGUAUGAAAAAUGAGAUGGAGAUGAAGUUUUUAGGAUUGAAGCAAGAAGGAAUGUUUGUGUCAGAAUAUUUGUCUAAGUUUUUGGAGCUUUCUAGGUUUGCCCCUCAUCAGGUUAAUACUGAAGCUAGAAAAUGUCAGAGAUUUCAGGAGGGACUGAAACCUCAAAUUAGAGAAAGGGUUUCUUUGUUGGAAUUAGAGCAAUUUGAUAAAUUGGUUGGAAAAGCUAGGAUUGCAGAAAGGGAGUAUGAAGCUCGCACUCAAUUUUUCAACAACAAGAAAAGAGGAAGAGACACAGAUUUCGGCGGUAACUUAGGAUAUAAGAAGGAUGACAAGAAGUUUCAAAAGACAAAGAAAGAGAGUUUCCGGGGAAAUGAUAGGAAGACCACUAUACCGGAGUGUAAGAAGUGUGGACUGAAGCAUGGUGGUGACAUUUGUUACCGAGCAGAUGGGUUGUGCUAUAAUUGUGGAGAGAAGGGGCAUAUAGCGACUCAAUGCCCAAAGCCGAAAGUGAUUUCUUGCUAUAGCUGCGGAAAAUCGGGACAUGUAUCAAGGGACUGCCCACAAAAAGGAGUCAAGCAAGGAGUUGAAACUAAAGAAAAUAGGACUACUACAUCAAGACCUUUUCAGCAAUCAGCACCUAGGGCAGUGGCAAGAACCUACGCAAUGACGACUCAGGAUGCCGAAAUAUCGAAUGAGGUGGUGUCAGGUACGCUCCAACUUUGUUCUCAAGAUGUUCAUGUUCUAUUUGAUUCUGGAUCAACUCAUUCUUUUGUGGAUUUGAAGUAUGUGGAUAAGUUGAAUACUCCUGCGCAAAGUUUAGAUAAUGCCCUACUAGUAAAACUCCCAAAUGGUAGGAAUUUGUUUGUGAACAAAGUUUAUAAAGAUUGCACCCUUAUAGUUAGCGGGCAUACUUUUCUAAUAGACUUGUUACCUUUAGAAUUGAAGGAUUUUGGAGUGAUUUUGGGAAUGGAUUGGUUAACAAAGUAUAAAGCCAAUUUGGAUUGUAGUAAAAAGCGAAUAUGUUUAAGGAGGCCAGAUAAAAAGAAAGUUUAUUUUAAAGGAGACAGGUCAGAAAAACCUAGUGUCAUGAUAUAG